GCUCGGGAAUAUUCGGAUCCGUUCGGCUGUCGGUGUUUCCAGAAUCAAAAUGACCAAACUGCAGCUGCUCAGCGCCUACCUGACGGAGCGGCUCACCGCCGUGGUGAAGGAGGUGCUGGACGUGGUGGAGGACACGGUGGCCCAGUACCGGGAGGAGACGGCCACCACCAGGCGGGAGAACGAGAGCCUACGGAGGCAGCUGCGGGACAUCCUGCUGCUGGAGGCCGAGACCGAGUGGCUGAGGUCGGCCCAGCCUGGUUUGGGUUGUGUACCUCCGCAACAAUGUCCCGGUGACCCGAAACCCAGAACCCACAUAGAGAAACCGGACUCCAGCCUGACCCAGUCCAGUCCUACCACUGUUUCUGUGCAGCUUCUGUUAACACCAGCGCAGAUCCACCUUCCAGGAGAUAAGAGCCCAGCAGAACUCUGGGUUCAGAAACCAAAAUCCAACCUGCUGCAGGAGGCGGGCGGAAACACAUCGCCUCAUCUGUCCAUCAGCUCUUCUGGGGUCACAACUAAUGUCGCGGCACUGAGGGAGGAACCACAGGCCCCGCCCCCAGUACUGGUCAAAGCUGAACCUGAAGACGAGGCCAAAGCUGAGAGUCCAGCUGAGUCGCUGAAGGCAAACAUUGAUGUUGCAGCGGAGGAGUCAGGUUUCAACAUCACAGCUGAAGAUGAACAGACGACGGAGGCAUUAGAUCAGCAGGACACUUCCAGAACCAAGACCGCCUCCCAGGAGACACAGCCGCCAGAUGAUGCCUUAGUUAACGUGUUUAUCCCAGAGCUUGUACACCGCUGCCCGCGCUGCGGCGAGGCCUUCACCCACCUGGCUGGGCUUCACCUCCACCUGGAGCAGAAGAGGAAGACUUACGCCUGCAACUGGUGCUGCAAGUCCUUCGCUCAGUCAGCUGACCUCCGGCGUCACUUACGAACGCACACGGGCGAGCGGCCGCACCGCUGCACAUUCUGUUCCAAAAGCUUCAGUCAGAGAGGAAACCUGCGGCGGCACCUCCGCAUCCACACCGGCGAGCGUCCAUAUAGCUGCCCGUUCUGCUACCGCACCUUCAGCGAUGGCGACACCAUGAAGAAGCACAAGCGCACCCACUCAGGAGAGAAACCAUACCGCUGUGCACGUUGCUCCAAGAACUUUACCAGCUCCAGCGGUCUGCAGCUGCACCUCAAGAAGGACAUGUGCUUCGUAUCAAACGCCUGAUUGGACGGACUGCUUAGACCAGGGAUGGGCCCCUUCAGUCCUUGAGGGCCAGUUUCCAGCAACAUUUAGAUUCUUCCUUGGUCCAACACACCUGAAUCAAAUGGUUGAAUUACCUCCCCAGUAUGCAGUCAAUUUCUCCAGAGUCCUUUUAAGUAUCGAUUUACUUGAUUCAGGUGUGUUAGUUCUAGGACAUAUCUAAAAGUUGCAGGAAUCAGGCCCUCCAGGUCUGGAGUUGCCCACCCCUGCCUUAGACCUUACAUCAUAGAGUAAUACAUUAGGAUAGCUUCCCCCACAUGCUCAGUAGAGCAGAGAUGUGUCGUAAAUGCACCAUUUUAGAAAAUUCUGACCUAAUUUAGCCCCUCAAAGAAGAACUCCGUCACAUUAGCAUGGGAUCCGGCCACUAGCCUUAUUCUAAAUAACUUGACCCUAAAAAUAGUUUACCUGCAUGCUGAUCGGAUAUUCGUUCAGCUUAAACCACUCUUCCCAGUUGGAUUACAAUUUUAUUCUAAUUCUGAUGAAUCUAAUCAGAAUAUUCAGACUGGCAUCUUUACAUGACAGAUUGUUUAUCCUAGAGAGGGUCAACUCAAGUUCACACAAACACCUUCAUCCGUACGUUUUUGACUCGGACAGAAACCAUUGAGACUGUUCCCUCCGCUUCGGUUAGAUAACGAUUCACAUGCAACAUGUCGCUCACAGCAUCACACAAACCCAGGACUUAGAGUCCAUGGUAACAGAAGGUAUCAAAACAUAGUUGUAGGUCUGAACCUUCAUCAGGGCAGGCAGAUCUAUGUGACCUCUAUCUAAGACCAACUGGAGAUCUCUCUGCUUAUUUAGGGUCACAGACAAUGUCAAGAUUCCCAUAAGUCUUGAAUCUGCUUAAAUAACUCCUUGCAGUGAUUCAUCGCCAAAAUAAAAAACUUAAGAAGACUUCCUGAAAGACACUAUCCACCCAACAGAAGAAGUUCAUUCUAGUUUUUUAUAGUCCUUGUCUCAUUCCUCCAGACAUCAUUCAGAGAUCCUGACCUCAGUUGGAGUUUAAGACAUAGAUCCACCUGUAGGUGCUUUCCCAUUUCAUCUGCUGAAAUCCGCUGUAUAGGGCAGUAACAAAAUUUCCAAUUUCAAUUAGAUGGCGAUGCAGACUAAGUACCUCAAAUUAAGCCUUGCCUGGGAAUGAUCAAAGCUAGUGCAGAUUCGAGCCCUGGUGGAGACUCCAAAAGCCUUGCCAUGGUGGAUAUUCUGGCCAUGGUGGAGCUAUCAGCCAUGGGGGAGACUCUGAGGCUCUUGCCAUCUACAAAAGACUCAAGGCAUGGUGGAAACUGCAACCAUGAUGGAGACACUGGCCUUGCCAAGGACUGGUCAUGGUGGAGACUCUGAGACUCUUGCCAUCUAGAAGAGACUCCAGGCAUGGUGGA